AUGGCGUUGGCGUACACAUCUAUUUGCCUACUUAUAACUGCUUUCUUUCUGUGUACAUGUGAAUCAGCAAAUGAGGAAAGAUUCUAUAUUCAGAGAAGGAUCAUGGAAAGAAAAGUGAAGGAAUAUAAUGAUGCAAUGCAAAUAAAUAAAAAAAACAUCAGUCAGUAUGAAUCGGAUACAAAGGCACAAGUAAAAUUAGUAACAAAUAUGAUAGAAAACAAGAGGCGUGUUAAGAGAUUUGUGAAAUGCCAGGAAAUGUACACUACUGAACACAGCCAACUAGACGCUUACAACUAUUUAUUCGCAGAAAUAAAGAAAUUAAAAUAUCUAUACAUAACCUUUGCAAAAGAUACUGACACAAUAAUUUAUGAUGCCGAGCACGAAAUCCAUAAAUAUUCAAGAGUUAAACGUUUAAUUGAACUGAUAUCUAAAAAACAUGCUGAAAAUGCAAGCUACCUAAAAAAUAUGAUUCUGAGAUCAGUUUUUGAAGGUUUCCUCAUUGGACUUCAGAUCGUAGAAAAAGAUAAUGCACACCUACCAUUUUAAUUUGGUCGUCGGGGAUCAUGCAGUAUGGAGUAGUCGGCGCUGUUUAAUUUUAUUUAUUGAAACUUAAACAAGUAGCUAGUUAUUUUGAUUUGAUAAAUUGAUUUAAUAAUUUUCUAAUUAAAUAAUAAAAUGAUUUUACUAAGUUU